AUGUCAUCGCCAGAGCCAGCGCAAGAUGGACCACCGAAGUUCAAGCUAGCACAGGAAAGGGAACUAUACAAAUAUCUUAAACUCAACGAAGUUUUUCAAUCUGGUCCGAACGUUCUCGCAACACCUGAGAAUUCACAAGAUCAAUAUCCUGCCUAUGUCCCUCGAUCAUCACCAGAUACCGCUUUGACAGCCUUUGCCCAGCUAGGAGUUUUGAGAUUGAAGGCUCAACGUGCCUUGAUUUCGCUCUUCGGUCGGAACCAACAGUAUGUCCUUGCAGAGGCCACUCGAACACUCAGUCUUCAAGAUCAUACAGUGGAGAAUGAUCGCGAUGCGUUAUGGUUAGGUUGCUGCGUUGUCCCCAAAGAGGAUGGGAUAUGUCAACAAGUCGCCUCCCUACCGCAAAUCAAAACAGAGGAUGAAAAACAUGCGAUCAAGGGGGGUAUAUUCGUGGUACCUGAUUUGUGUGAGGACGAUCGGUUUAACCAAUUGAAGAUGGUCACUGGCGCUCCGAAAGCAAGGUUCUACGCAGGUGCCCCCAUCAUUAGUUCCAAAGGGAUCACAAUCGGAUCCUACUGCAUUAUCGAUGACGAGCCACGAUCCGGACUGGACGCGCCGUUGGUAAAGUUCCUGCAAAAUAUGGCAUCGACUGUUAUGACUCACUUGGACAUGGCUCGAUGCAAAGCGGAGCAUCAUCGUGCAGAGAGAAUGAUUGUGGGGUUUGGAAGUUUUGUGGAAGGUAGGACGACGCUCCGCAAGGAGUGGGUCCAAGAAAUUGGACUACGCCUGAAUGAACAGGAGCAUGAAGAAGGUCACCUAAAUAUACUACAGCAAAAUGCACAAAUCAAAUCUGGUCUGCUCACCACUGUCCACACUCGCCCAUCCUCCUCACCGCUACAGUCACAAGCAUCUCCACGAAAUCGCCCGGAGCAAUUCAUAUCCUCCGACUUGUCUAGUGUACCAUCACCGAGCCUCUCCCCAGGACCAUGCUCCUCGUCGUCAACGACCCAGUCCGACAAGGGCUCAGACGCCAGUAUCGACCAGAUAUCAAGGCUCAACAAAAUUGAGUCGCAAACCAGUUUUUCCGUCCGAAGCACGGCGUCGACCGAAAAUCUACAGGAUGACAUGCUGUCCAUCGGGGUUCGACAAGUCUUCUCGCGAGCAGCUAACAUCAUCCGGGAGUCGAUAGAAGUCGAAGGCGUCGCUUUCUUCGACGCGAGCAUUGGGUCUUAUGGUGGCCUCGUUAGCGAUACGAAACGAAAGGGGCCAGGCUCGGAUAGCGGUACUUUGGAAAGCUCCAUGGGCAGCAGCGACGAUAGCACCGGAUCUGAUUCUCAGAAAAACUCUACCGCAUCAGCUGGGAAGGACACUAUUCCAGAGAAUUCUACCCCAGAGAAUACGACCGUAUGUGAAAUCCUAGGCUUUUCGACUUCGACUACAUCCAGUAUCAACGAUGAAUCAAAAGGAAGACUUGCCCUCCGGGAAGUAUUGUUGAAAACGCUUCUGCGGCGUUACCCACAUGGCAAGAUUUUCAAUUUCAGCGAAGAGGGAUCGAUGUCCUCAGAUGAAAGUAGCGAUGCACCCUGCAAGAGCUCGUUGGACCGUGGUGGUUCAGACCCUAACGCCGACCUUAUUGGUAGAAGAGAAAGGGGAAGCCGGAAAAAGACGCGUAGUGUCAUGCUCAAAGAAGACGGAAAUAUUCUUAUUCGCCUCUUCCCGGGAGCUCGCAGCAUCGCUCUCCUGCCAAUUUGGGAUUCCCAUCGAGCUCGAUGGUUCUCUGGCGCUCUGGUAUGGACAAACACACCGAGGCGCGUCUUCACGUCUGAGACUGAGCUCACGUAUCUGUCGGCUUUCGGAAAUAGUAUUAUGGCGGAGGUGCAUCGUCUAGAUGUCGAGAUGUCGGAGAAGGCGAAAACAAAUCUGGUCAGCAGCAUCUCGCACGAAUUACGAAGUCCUCUCCAUGGUAUUCUUGGCACCUCAGAAAUACUUCGGGAUACGGCGAUGAACGCACUUCAGCACGGAUUGGUACACACCAUUGAAUCUUGUGGGCGAACGUUGUUGGAUACGAUCAACCAUUUGCUGGAUUUUUCGAAAAUAAACAAUUUCCGGAAGGAAGGCAACAAAGCUAUCCAUAAACGGAAAAGCCCUUCAAGACGACACAAAAACACAGACCCAUCACCUCAUAGUAAGCCUUCACGGCGGACACGACAUACCGGGAUGAUUAGCCUGAAGUCUGAUAUUCAACUGGAUGCCGUUCUGGAAGAGGUAAUGGAAAGUGUUUUUGCAGGAUACAGUUUUUACCACAGCCCACAAAGAUCAAUGGUGAUCGACCGCCCGAACCACAUGGCACUCGACCUAUUGGGGCCCUCCCAGCAAGCGAGUGAGGUUAGCAUCAUUCUGGAUAUCGAUGAAGCUACGGAAUGGAGAUUCUCCACCCAAAUAGGCGCCUGGCGCCGCAUUAUGAUGAACAUUUUUGGUAACGCCCUGAAGUACACCAAGAGUGGCUUUAUCUUAGUAAAGUUAACAGCAUCGCCUGUCACUCCUGUCAAAGAUGCCUUUCCCGGAGGACCUUGUGACUUUAAGGUGACUCUCACGGUCAAGGACACGGGCAUCGGGAUGAGCAUGGAGUAUCUGCAGAAUAGCUUGUUUACUCCAUUCACACAAGAAGACUCGCUUGCCCCUGGAAACGGACUAGGGUUUAGCAUUGUUCAUCAUGCGGUUUUAUCCAUGGGUGGUCACAUCGAAGUCAGUUCACUCCGGGGCCGUGGUACUGAAGUUUCGAUUGAGGUGAUUCUCACCCACGUACCCACUCAAAUUACCAACCCCAGUCCCACCGAAUCCGAGCCCCUUUUGAAAAUGAGACCCAUUACACGUGGCAUGAGGCUGGGACUCCUGGAGCUGGGAUCACCUGAUAUCUCCGAUCGAGAUGCAAUUCUCUGUACUUCUUUGGAGAAAUUGUGCAAGAACUGGUUCCAGAUGGAUGUCCAUAUUUUGAAUCCAUUAGAGCCUUCUUUCCCCUCGUGCGAUUUUUACGUUGCUGUGCAGACAGACACCGAAUCAGUGAACACUUGGGAAUCGUGGUUGUCGAAAACCCAGAACCAUUCCGAUGGUAAUGUCGGGAAUCGAAGAUCUCCGAUUGUGGUAAUUUGCCGGUCACCUGAGGCAGCACAUCUCAUGUUUAUUGCAGCAAGCCAAUCGAAGCACGAGACUAUUGUCGAAUUUAUCAGUCAGCCCUGUGGCCCGCGCAAGUUAGCCAAGGCUUUUAACAUUUGCAUCAAGCGACAACAAGGCCAGGAACCUCUGACUGGGGAUGACUCUAAUAUAGAUCAAUCUCAGAAGAAAGCACUCCAGUUGACAGAGUCAUCUCCAGUUUCUAGGGAAGAUAUCGAAGCACAGCGUGCAGAAGAUGAGAUAGAUUUCCAAAACCAUCAAGCAGGAAAAGAGGCGAUGGAUGAUGCAUACCGCAAGUUGGACAAAACGGAAGACUCACAGCAAGCCGAGAACACUCAUCUUCCUCGAAAUGAAAGUGACGCUGUCGCAUUACCCAUUCGUGAGGGAUUGACCAAAAUAGAACAGGAGCCGACUCUGGCAGUACUGUUGGUUGAAGACAAUGAUAUCAAUCUGCAGAUAUUGGUUGCACAUAUGAAGAAAGAAGGAUACGGCUAUACGACAGCCCGCAAUGGUUUGGAGGCGUUGAAUAUUUUCAGAGCUUAUCCCAGAAAGUUUGGAGUCAUUCUGAUGGAUAUCUCCAUGCCUAUCAUGAACGGGUUUGAAUCUACUCGGCUUAUUCGCAAGGCUGAGCGUGAAUAUCAGAGCACGCUCGAUAUUUCAGAGAAGGAAUCAUUUAGACCUGCAACUAUUGUCGCCCUGACCGGCCUUGCAAGUGCUAGUGACCGACACGAAGCUUACGGGUCAGGAAUGGACCUCUUUUUAGCAAAACCGAUCCAACGAAAAGAUUUAUUCACGGUAUUGAAUGAGAGAAACCAUGCGAGGUCAAGAAAUCCUCUCAGUAAUACGAUAUGA